CUUGUCAUAUUAUCAUCACGGCUCGACAUAUUUACAACAGAAAUGACACAUUCGUGCUGAGGAGGAGCUAUGAAACUAACAAGCAUGUUUGAAAGCUCAAGUGAAACUCCCGUUGUGAAGUGUUCGCAAGAUGGUGAAAAGUCGGAUCAGUCUGGUGCGUUGCUCGCACCUGAUUCUGCGGACUCUUUCGAUUUGUCGCCAAGUAAACCAAAGAUAAAAGACGUUCAGUCGGCACCAGUUUCGGAUUUAUUAAACGGAGACAGCGAUGUAAAAGCUGAUUUAAAGAAAACGUUAGAACCAUUGUCGCUAAAUAAUGGUGAUGGUGCUUCGUCAGAUGAUUUGGAAAGAAUUUCAUGCAGAACGCCAGUCGGCGAUAACGACUCGUCGAGCGAAAAAGAAAAUUACGUGUUUGAUGACGGGGGUUCCGAAGCAAGUUUGAAACUUCGCAUUACUGAGAGUGAAGACGAAGGCGAGAUGUCUCCGAGAGCUACUAGCCCAUUUGAAGACAUGGAUCACGACACCAGCGAACAAAUAUUGCCUGAGACUGAAGAUCGUGACGGCAUUAACGGCGUGCCUGAAGACAUUGAACAAAACUAUGAUAAUGAAGAGCAGGGGAACGAAGCCACAGAAGCAGACGACGCGAGCCCAGUAGUUAAAGAUGAAGACAGUGAAAUACCAGCUGUGAGACGCAGACGGAAGCGUUCAAUUGAAGAUGUGGUGCCAGAUAGAAUAUCAAAACGUACACGUGGAGCUUCAUUGGCCAGCAGUUCUGGAGCUAACAGCCCUGAAAAACUAACCCAAACAAGUGCUGAAUCUGCAAAGAGACCUGUCUUAGAUUCAUCUACAGAAGAGGAUGCAAAAAGAGUGCGGUUGAAUGAAGAUUACAAUAAAGUUGUGAAAAAAAUUGAACGAACGGUAGUUGCAAAUGGUGUAGUCACUGGAGAGAUAGGAAGUCGCCGAAUAUUUUUGGAGAAAAUUAGAGCCAAAGACCUAAAGAAUUUAACUGUAGCUGAACUGGAGGAAUUUUUCGUGGAAAAAAUCUGUGAAGCUCUAGCCUAUCGUCACGAAAUAGGCUUACUGCGUCAGAAGCAGCAAGCUGUUGAAAAUCAAAUGGAGCUAUGGCGAAAGAAGAGUUUAGCAAUGUGUAAGCAGGUUAGAGACAUGGAGCUGGUAAUGAAAAGGUACCAGAAUGAUAUGAAGACACGGAAAGAUCGACCUGUGAUUCCUGUGAAGGUGACUAGAUCAGUAGGACUCCAAGUACAUGAUGUAGCGUCUGACCCUUCAAGGGCCCUCCUCCACAAAAGAAAAAGAAUGGAACAGCAAGUUUCGUCAGUGAAUACGGUGCAGAGGCAAAGCCCUCAGUCUCCUAUUGCAUCGAAUAUUUCUACUGUGCCCACAACACAGAGUGCUUCAGUUUCUACACGUGGAACUACAUCAUCACCUCAGUACUCUAGAACAGCAACAAGUACGAACAAUCAGACAAAUGUGCCAGCGGCAGCCACUCGUGUACCACCGAAACCAAAUAGUGGCUUAAAAACUUUGAUGCCUAGGCAGCAGUCAGUCAGUGUAAACACCAAUACAUCUACCACUAGCCCAUCCUCAGCAAACAAUUCACGUGUCCAACAAAUGACACGUUCAAAGGUUGCGAGCACUGCAGGUAACAGUCCUGUUGGGACUGUCAACAAAAGUUCACGUCAAGUAAUAGAUUUAACUGAUGACGGAGAUCGCGGGCGUUCAGCACAACCAAGGACAACAGCUGUAAUGACCUCUGUCAAUACAAAUACAGCCCCAGCCAAUAACUCUGUCGGUGCGGCCACAACCAUGACUCCCACAAGCUCCAUCAGAAUACUUCCACAACCGGUGACUGCAACUGCUGUAGCUGCUGGUGCAAACAUAUUGGCUACGGGCGUUACAACCAACAGCAAUGUGCCUCGAUUAACAUACCUUGUACCAGCUACAAAUCAGCUGCAGCAGCGACCUGUUCUAUUGGCAAGCUCCCCGUCACAGGUUGUUCCAAAUGCUGUAGUAACUGUGACCAAUGGACAAAAAAAUCCAGCACCUGCUGUUUAUGUUAAAAAUGGAGCAGUUGUUUCUGUGUCACCACUUGUGGGGUCUGGAACAGUGGGCCAGCAGGUUCCAACAUCGACACGUCCUGCGGGUUUGCAGCCAUCAGUAGCCCAAGGUUCACCGAGCAGGCCACAAAUUCGUCCUGCACAGGGGUUAACAGCUUCUCCUCAGUCGCGGUCUUUGCCUCAACAUGCUCAGCACCCUGCACCUCUUCCCGUGGCACCAAACUUGAAUCUAAAUAAUCCAGACUUAAAGAAGAUGCCACCAAGACCCGAAUUAAAAAUAUCAAAACAGAGCAGGCACCAAGGUAUUGUUCUGUCGUGGAAUAUGCCUGUGACAAAUGAAUAUGCAGCCAUUGCCAGCUACCAGCUGUAUGCGUAUCAGGAGAGUUCAUCACCUCCAAGUACAGCACAUUGGAAAAAAGUUGGAGAUGUCAAGGCUUUACCAUUGCCAAUGGCUUGCACGUUGACACAGUUUGUCGAAGGACACAAAUAUCACUUUGCUGUGAGAGCUGUUGACAUACAUUCUCGUGUGGGACCAUUCAGCUUACCAGGGAGUAUUGUACUGACUCGGAAGUAGAUACUGAUGCAUUGUCUCUUGCUGGAUGUUUUAUUGUAAAUAGUGCCGUGGUAUUUAUAUAGAAAUCUGUGAAUAGUUGAGGUAACUCUGAAUGCCAUACAGACAGUGUUUUGCUGCUGUACAAUGUAAAUAAAUUGCUGAGAACUUUUUUAUUACAUGUGUUUUUUGUGUAAUGAAAAUGUUUGUUGUAAAUACACGCAAAAAAGUGAAAGCAGAAAAACAGAAACAGGUGUAAAUAUUUAUGUACAGAAUCUUAUAAUGGAAAAUCUUUUUGGCAGCUGCAAAUUUGGACUACUUGAAUGUCAAUGGUUUGUGUUCCAGGAAUGGAAUGUAAGUUGCUUACCAUCAUUCAUAGGAGAAAAAAGAAUGUACACAAUAAUUCCAAAACUUACUGCAGUUAGAUGGUGUCCCAAUAUGUAAACAAGUGUGUAAAAAAGUAAUCUCAGAUGUUAAAGUAUUUGCUCAAACACAUUGAUAAAUAGUGGUCCUCAAAACUUAGUACAUUUGUGAAGAUUACUCUUGUUUUUGUAAGGUCCAAUUAAUUUACUGUCUGUCUGUGUGUGUGUGUGUGUGUGUGUGUGUGUGUGUGUGUGUGUGUGUGUGUGUGAGAUGGAUGAUACACUAUUUGUCAUACAGUUGUAGUCUUCGAAAUUAAUUGUAAAUAGGCUAAAAGUGAACUUUAGCUGCAGAAACGACAUGUAUUCCUUCGUGAAAAAAUUAUGGAUGAAUGAAGAAAUAGCAUAAAAUUUCAUUCAUAUUUUGCAUUAACUGAAGCACUCAGCACUAGUCUUUGAAAUUUACUCACAUUUUGCCACCAUUUUAUUGGUGAAUUGCAGAAUCUGAAGCAAUGAUUGUUAUUGCAUUUGUUUAGUAUACCUGAGAUGUGUGUAUUAUACGUGCAAUGCUUAAGACAUAAAAUUUCUAGUGUAUUGAUAAAACAGUUAUUUUUUAUUUAUUUAUUUGGUCUUUUGGAGUGAACUUAACCCUGAAAGAAAAGGUUUGCUAUGUCAAUUUCUGUUGUUGUUAUUGUUGUUAGUUUUUUUUUUUCCCCUUCAGAAAAUCUGUUAAUGGCUACCAGCAGGAUGUAGAAAGUUGUAUAUAUUUUUCUUUCUGUCUGUAAAUAUACAUAUAUAUAAUUUAAUUAUUUGUGUAAAUGAGCUUUAAAUGGUAAAUUUGCUUAUAAUAAUUCCUACAAAGAAAAACUGCAUUUUUUAAAAAAUAGAAUUGUUGUUACAUAAAUUUUGAGAACUUUUCAUUACCUGCAAUUCUUUUUAGUGUACCGUGUGUUCAUUUUUAACGGUUAGUUUUAAGACUAUCUACAGUGUUAAUACUUCGAAAAAACUGUGCCACGUUGUCGGCAUGGUUUUGGUACCAUGUCGACUACAGAUCUCACUGCCAGCAGAAUGGUUGUUCCAGUCAAAUUUGUAACAACAAUAAAAUAUGAAAGUAAAUAAAAGUAAUUGAUUCUUAAAA